AUGGCGGUGUGGGACUGUGGUAUGGUAGAAGACAAGACCAAUGGAAGUUACGAGGAUCCUGACAAGUGCCUGAUUCUCUACGGUGAUGAUCAGCUGAACUACUACGAUUCCAUCAAAGCCGUCAUUUCAAGCUCCAACCAUGAGCCCAGUACUCUAGUAAUAGGGUACGGUAUGGGAACAACAAAUGUCAAGCAAAAGAUGAAAGAGAUAAGGGAUGUUAGAAAAGAUGUCAAGGCGAGAAAAGGCCAAGCAUCCCUUGGUUUGCCCCAAAGGCGAGCCGAAUGUGAUCAAACAGUUUUUCGCAUCUAUACAGGAGUCAAGACGUUUUCAUUCUGUAAGAGAAGGAACUUGCUGCUGACAGGUGGACUGGAUCGAAUAAUUAGAGUGUGGAAUCCUUAUCUGCCCAGAAAACCAACAGGUAUGCUGAAAAGCCACACGGCUCCAGUGAGCUACAUCCAGGUGUCUGCUGAGGAUAACAAAAUAUUUUCCACGUCCACUGACAACGCAGUCAAGAUCUGGGAUCUGGAGACAGACAGCUCCUUAUUUACCGUGUCCUCCAAAGCCAGCGGUCUUAAGGGGGAGCUGGCAGCCUGCCUCUAUCUGCCCGGCCCCAGAGCACUGUGGGUGGCCUCUGACACUGCUGCACUCCUGCACCUGAGACUGAGAUCACCCCCCGAGCCUCACCUGGUGCUAUCCCACAAAGAGCCCAUGGGCUGCUGCUGGUACGACCCGGCCUUCUGGCAGGUGGUCAGCUGCUCAGAAGCCUCCGUAAGUAAGAUAUGGCACUUUGAAACAGGAAGACUGUUGUCUGAAUUUACUGAGGCUCAUGACAAUGCUGGGAUCACUUGUCAGACCUUUGACUCCGGUGGAAGAAGAUAUACUCUGUUUCUUAGGCUAAUAACUGGGGGCAGAGAUGGCUGUCUGAAAAUAUGGAGCUACAACAAUGAGCAUUGUCUGCACUCCCUGAAACAUGAUGAAAAGCAAAGUGAAGUUUGUGAUUGCACCUGCUUGGAGCUGAACCAAAAUAAGUGUAUCAUAGCUGUUGGAUGGGACAGAAGAAUAAACGUGUAUUUUGGCACAGCACAUGAUUUUCAUCACUUCUGGAAGCCACAGCCACACUGGCAGGAUGACCUGAGCCAUGGGCACAAGGAGGACAUCCUCUGUGUCGCUCAAUGCCCACCUUUUCUUCUUGCCACCUCCAGCUAUGAUGGGGAGAUUAUCAUUUGGAAUGUCAUCUCGGGCCACAUAUACUGCAAACUGAAUACUUCCAGCCCCUCUGAUGACCCAGAAGACAAAGAAGGCCCGGAGCGAAGCGUUUCCUGCCUCUCCUUCCUGAGGACGCGUGCUGCCAACCUGGACUCCACGUCUGCCUCCCUCGUCGCCAGCGGGCCUCGAGGCUCUGUCACCUUCUGGAGGCUGUUUGGGGGGGGGGCCUGUCCCAUUGCAAACUUCACUCCUUCUAGAGACAAAGCUUGGGUCAGCAGCAUGGUGGUGACAGCAGGAGAUGCUCUCGCCUGUGUGGCUGACCAGGAAAGCUUUGUGCGGGUCUAUGACAUCAAGGAGUACAGCCUGUGGGGACCGGAGUUGCGGCCUCCCAAGAAUGUGACUUUCUGGAGGGCCCAUGUCAGCAUGGUGACAUCUUUGGAGCUGAUAGAAGAAAAAAAGUUUCUGCUGUCAUCCUCCCUCGACCGCACUGUGCGCCUGUGGAGCAUGGACGGGGAGUACACAGGGACCUUUGGGCAGAGUAGUCCCUGGGAUGUUUUCACUCCUGCCUCCUGGAGCCACCCUAGAGUCCCCUACGUUUUGACAGAUGCCCAGAGCAUGCCUGCUCACCCAGUGCUGGAAGGGGAUGUUCCUGCAACGCACCUGGGAAAGGAGGAGCAGGAGAAUGCGGUGAAGGGAAAGGCCAGGGCUAAGCAUGAAAAGAUGUCUAACCCUCACUCUCCAGAAGACUCCAUCCUUGAAGGUGAAACGAAAGAAGACAUAAAUCGAUGGUAUGCAUUUUGCAAUCACAGGUCAGCCUGA